CUUUACCCAACACUGUCCCGCACUCUCACUUAACCUCCACAUAGUGCCGGACGGGAAAUUACUUUAAAUACUUUUUUUAAAAACUCCGAAUGACAGUUGAUCUGACUCAGUAGCCCAUCGCCCCUGACGACGACGCUGAAGUGUUUCAUUUUCCUUUCUGAUUCUCGGCGGAGCGCAAACAGAGGAGUUACCAAAGUCCCCGACACGCUCCAGCGAUGGUGACUUUACGCACGGGAUUUGAAGGCUAUUUGAACUGACUCCUCUUGUUUGGUCUCGACGCUGAAACUCUCCAUCAUCGCACACAACAAUCUUCAAGUUUGCCAGAAACACGCAGCGAAUGACGAAGAAGUGAAUGCAGGGGACGUUCAUGAAUUUUAAAGUCAUCCAAAAGUGAGAAGAGGGUGUUGGAGUUGAAGUCUCUUAUUUCUAAUGAUGUCUUCCAUGCGAGAAACACCUCCCUUUCACCCACCGUCUGAGGAAGAGGAAGUGAUGGGUCAGGACAAUGCGGCCUGGGCCAACGACAAGCGGGAGGGCCCAAAGGAGGCACAGUCUCCCUCUUCGCAUGACCAACCCCACCCGGAUGAGCUGCAGCCAAUCAGAGAGAAGCUGACGGAUGCUGAGUGGGAGAACAUGGUGCCUGCUGCAAUGGAUAAUGAAAGCAGUAAAGGAUGCUCAGUCUACUCCUACCGUACUAACUCUACCUCUCCACCCAAGCCAGAGGAGUUUUCCAGGGAUCGCGGGGAGCCAAUGAAUGCUCUUGCCUUCGGGACGCCGGAGCGACGCAAAGGAAGCCUUGCAGAUGUGGUGGACACACUGAAACAGAAGAAACUCGUGGAGCUGACCAAGACAGAACAGGAUGAGCCAACUUGCAUGGAGAGACUCCUCUCUAAGGAUUGGAAGGAGCGCGUUGACCGCCUGAAUGCCAACGAAUUGCUGGGAGAGGUCAAAGGUACGCCAGAGUCACUGGAGGAGAAGGAGCGCCAGCUUUCCACCAUGAUCGGUCAGCUGAUCAGUCUGAGGGAGCAGCUCCUCUCCGCCCAUGACGAGCAGAAAAAAAUGGCCGCCUCACAGCUGGAGAAGCAGAGACAACAGAUGGAGCUGGCCAGGCAGCAGCAGGAGCAGAUCGCCAGACAGCAGCAGCAGCUCCUGCAGCAGCAGCACAAGAUAAACAUUCUUCAACAGCAGAUCCAGGUUCAGGGUCACAUGCCUCCUCUGAUGAUCCCAGUGUUUCCUCACGACCAGCGGUCUCUGGCUGCUGCGGCUGCUGCACAGCAAGGCUUCCUCUUCCCACCGGGCAUGUCCUACAAGCCAGGUGAGAAUUACCCCAUGCAGUUCAUUCCAUCUACAAUGGCAGCUGCAGCGGCGUCUGGACUCAGCCCGUUACAACUACAGGAGGAAGGAUCCACACAGCCAUUGAACCUCUCAGCUAGACCCAAGACAGCCGAGCCUCUACGCUCCCCAACAUCUCCGACACAGGGUCUGUUCUCCGGAAACAAGACCAGCCCUUCAGGCAUGGGCAAGGGCCGCAUCCCAAGCCCCAUCCCCACCAUGGGCAGGAACACCUCUCUGGACAUCCUGUCCAGCCUCAACUCCACGGCACUCUUUGGGGACCAGGAUGCGGUGAUGAAGGCAAUCCAAGAGGCCAGGAGCAUGAGGGAGCAGAUCCAGAGGGAGCAGCUCCACCAGCAGCAGCAGCAGCAGCCAGGGCACCAGAGUCUGGAGGCCAAACUGUCCGCCCUCAGCAGCAUGAGCCUCAACAAUGGCAACAAGGAGCGUCUUCACUAUGAGACGCUGAGCCAGCACCUGGGGAAGCUCGGGGAGGAUGCUGGGAAAAUGGUCCAUCGAGUCAUUGACCUGACAAGACCAGAAGAUCUGGAUGGGAAUAAUAUCACAGAGGCACGAGUGUUCAGGGAAGCACGUGGCAGGAACAACAGUGAGCCCCACAUCAAGAGGCCCAUGAACGCCUUCAUGGUGUGGGCCAAAGACGAGAGGAGGAAAAUCCUGCAGACCUUCCCCGACAUGCACAACUCUAACAUCAGCAAGAUCCUUGGCUCUCGCUGGAAAGCCAUGACCAACCAAGAGAAGCAGCCAUACUAUGAGGAGCAGGCCCGCUUGAGCAAGAUCCAUUUGGAGAAAUAUCCCAACUACAAGUACAAGCCACGGCCCAAGAGAACCUGCAUCAUCGAUGGCAAGAAGCUGCGCAUCGGAGAGUACAAGCAGAUGAUGCGGUCACGACGUCAGGAGAUGAGACAGUUUUUUGUGGGGCCUCAGCCACCGAUUCCUCUUGGCAACAGCCCGGGCGGUGUAGGAGUUUACCCAGGUGCCAUAACCAUGGCAACGACAGCCACACCAUCCCCACACCUGACCUCAGACUGCUCCAGCAACUCAGCCAGCCCCGAACCCACCAUCCCUGUCAUUCAGAGCACGUACGGGGUGAAGUCCGAGCCUGGCAGCAGAGGCAACAAUGGCGGUGGGGUCGGAGCCUUGGAUCUGCCCAGCGACCCCACCAAUGGAGACGAUGACAUGGACAUGUACGAGGACUUUGAGGACGAGCCCAAAUCAGACUAUAGCAGCGACCACGAGACACGGGAGGCCGUCAGUGCCAACUGAGUGUACUCAGGGUCUCAGAUGUAAAAAGAGAAAAAAAAGUAACUCCUGUUAUACUCAAAGACACUUUUUAAAAACACAGUUUAUUACAGAGACCCUUCAGGCAGGCCUUCAGGACAUGCACUGAGCAUGCCCAGACAGGAUUCAAACUCUGUGGACAUGCUCCGAAAGUGAGAAAAGAAAGAAGAGAAGAAGAGGGCUGGUGGGAAAAAUGUGACCCAAGAAAACAACCUGAACAGACAUUCAGACAACUUACUGACAAUGAACUUCAGUUUCCUACACUUCGACAAUCUUAACAGGAGCGAAUAAGAGUUAGACAAGAGAGCGAGAGAGAGAAUGGGACAAAGAACAAAUGAGCGACGAACACAUUGCUGUGUGGUUUGUAAAGAGCAUGCAUGGAUUUUGAAGCAUCAGGAGUUGGUCUUCAACAGCUAUUUGGUCUUAAAUGUUUAAGGAGUGAUUUAGUUUUCAUCAUUAUGUAUUUACUUUUUUGUGGGUUUUUUUUCCUUUUUGUUUUUGUUAUAUAGACUUUUUUCUGACAGGUCACUGCCUGUACAAACUCUGGACUGUCGGAACUUGAAAUUUGAAAAGUUUUAAUAUAAAUCCUAGCUAUUGUAAUCUUAUAGUCUUACUUUUGUUUCUUAUGAAUACAGUGCAUCUACAUAAUUUUUUUCUGACAAACUGCUUACCUUACAUUACUGUUUUUUUUAUAUCCCAGCUCAGGUAUGAUGUGCCAGCUUGUGAAUGUGUUUUUGUUUUGUUUUGUU